CUUGAAUGUUUCCUCCUGCAGGCGUUGAUGACAGGGAGCCUCCCUGGUUUCAUUGAUGUUGUCAGGAACCUCAAUUCCCCUGCACUGCUGGAAGACAAUGUGAUCACACAGGCAAAAGCAGCUGGGAAAAGAAUUAUCUUUUAUGGAGAUGAAACAUGGGUGAAAUUAUUCCCAAGGCAUUUUGUGGAAUAUGAUGGAACAACCUCAUUUUUUGUGUCAGAUUAUACAGAGGAGAGAGAGACUCUUGUACCCAAUUUGCUGGUUCUUUGUGGUGAUCAUGGCAUGUCAGAAACAGGAGGUCACGGCGCUUCUUCCGUGGAGGAGCUUAACACCGCCCUGAUCUUAAUCAGUUCUGCAUUUGAAAGAAAACCUGGUGAGGAUUUAGGAAUGUUUACUAUUUUAAAACUGUAUUUUAUGUAUCUGUUUUCUGUAGACCGAUUUUAAUUUUAAAAAUCGUUUUUUGG